AUGUCGGGUUUGAGCUCGAAUUACACUCCACAUAGUUUGACUUCAUCCAAAUUGUCGACGAUGAUUCACAAACGGUUUGAGGAAGUACAACUGAAGAGUGACGACACUCCCGCCAACGCUUCCCCAGAAGGUGGCGAUUCCAAGGUGAGCUACCUCGUUACCCAAGGGUCGGUAUGCUGGGAUUGCCGAUGGCGAGCUUCGGGAUCUCGUGUUGAGUACGACAUUCUUCGAAUUCGCUUGCUGCUAGAACCGCAUGAGGAUGAGAUAGAUCCUGGUGUCUUAUCUACAUCCGGUUUAACCGAGGCUACGUCCUCGAAGGAAGACAAGAUCUAUCUACAGUCCCGUUAA